AUGUCAACAAGCGAUGGCGAUCGACAAAGAUUACAUCGGGCGAAUAGAGUUGGAGAAAUACGUCCAAAACUCUAUGCUGAGAAGUUAAGAUUUGCUGAGCAAUACGAGAUCGAUGCUGGGUAUAUCUAUGCCGCUCCAGAGGAAUGCCGUCGAAUGGAUACUUAUGAAGGAAUACUUGAUUGGGCUUUAAUACGUAAUGACUGCACUGAUCCGGAAAACGCGUUAACGGCAGUUAGAUUCCAUCCAAAGAUAAUAGGAAGAUCUGUAAACGAAUUACGCAACAACGGCGAUACAAUGCACGAGAAAAAAGAAAAAUUAAAUAGAAAGUACGAGGCGUUGAACCGCGCGAACAUUUUACACAUCAAGCACCCGCAGACAUUCUCCAGCCCCGAUGACGAGGCUCUUUAUUUCAAGCCGCCAAGUCGAACAUCGGACUGGAAGGCAUGUCUAAUGAACAGCAUAAAAGACAUUAUUCAUAAUGAGGGUUACGGUACUUCACACGAGCACGUGUUUGUUGGUCAAGGGUUGGAUGGAGUGUCUGAGAAUGGAGAUUCUGGUGCUCUAAUCUAUGAUAUUGAUAUCAUCCCUUGUCCUGGUAAUACGUUCAAUACUGCUGCUCUUCUACCCAUGGCUAUGAUUUGGGGUGGGGCUUCCUCUGGAGAGAUUGUUACAGGCUUCAGAGAUGUUACCUAUGCAAUGUUACGAAGUAACAGCUGA